AGAGAACUGAAAGCCAUUUUCCUUUUUCCCUUGAUUGAGAAAAAGUGAGACUAGAAAUUAAGAAGUACAGAUCUGAAAGAUGAGAAACCAGUUCAAUCUCAAGCUCCUCUUCUGGGUUUGUGGUGUUGCCUUUACAGCAAUCUUAGGAAGUUGCCAUGCAGGUGAAUUGAAGAAGAACUUUUACAAGAAGAGUUGUCCACUUGCAGAGGAGAUUGUGAGGAGCAUCAUAUGGAAGCAUGUAGCCAGCAAUUCAGCAUUGCCACCAAAGUUACUGAGAAUGCAUUUCCAUGAUUGUUUCGUUAGGGGUUGUGAUGCAUCAAUCUUAUUGGACCCCACUCCAAACAACAAAGCUGAAAAGGACUCACCUCCAAACAGUUCUCUGGAAGGUUUUAAUGUUCUUGAGGAAGUGAAGACCCAGUUGGAGAUGACUUGCCCUGGUGUAGUUUCUUGUGCUGAUAUCCUUACUUUAGCUGCUAGAGAUGCUGUUUCUUUCCAGUUUCAGAGAUCUAUGUGGGAAGUGCAAACUGGUAGGAGAGAUGGCAAAAUUUCAAGCGCCUCAGAAGCCCUGGCCAACAUACCUUCACCUUUCUUCAACUUCACUACUCUUAAGCAAGUAUUUGCCAACAAGGGCCUCACUGUUCAAGAUCUUGUAGUUUUAUCAGGUGCACAUACCAUUGGAAUGAGCCACUGCAAUCUCUUCAGCAUCAGAAUCUUCAAUUUCACUGGGAAAGGAGAUGUGGAUCCUUCACUGAACCCAACCUAUGCCGCUUUCUUGAAAAGAAAAUGCAAGAGCUUCUUAGACAGCAAAACCACAGUAGAAUUGGACCCUCAGAGCUCUCUUUCCUUUGACAACCAUUACUUCUUAAACUUGAAGCUUCAACAAGGUCUCUUUCUAUCUGAUGCCUCCCUUCUGACCGAUAAGAGCUCGAGUCAUAUAGUUGAUAAGAUGCUCGUCGCCGGAAAAUUCUUCACGGAGUUCGGCCAAUCGAUGAAGAGGAUGGGAGCAAUUGGGGUCCUUACAGGAAGUUCAGGAGAUAUUAGGAAGAAAUGUAACCUUGUGAACUCUUAAAGAGUCUUAUAAGUAAUUGGUAUUGGAGAUAGGCAAUGAGGGUCUACAUAGUGGUUUCAAUAAGUGAGAAUAUAUGGCAACCUCAUUCAAAUGUUUGGUUACCUAAUUUGGGUUUUCAUUUUUUCAAAAGAUUUGAUGUGUAUUUAACUAUGUAAGGUGAUGUAAUUAGUAUGAAAGUAUAUACCAGUUUUCCCACCA